AUGCCUGGCAUCAACCAGCUACCUGCUGGCGCCGAAUUUGCAGCGGCGAUUUCACUGAUCUGGGCGUCGUCAAGCUGGAUAUGUAGCAUCCUAUUGCUGUGGUUGACAUGGUCUCACCACGAAGGAUGGUCAUACCUUGCCCUCCUUGCCAUAUCAUCACUCUUCAGCAAUACCUUUUCCAUUAUUCAACAAAGUCGAGAUAUAACUUGGUACAUCGACACCGUAACCGAGCAAUUCCAUAUCAAACAAAGACUGCCCGGAGACGACCCAGAACUGGCCAUAGCUGGCGGGUCUUAUGGUGUUGAUCUGGUCCUGUACUACUUACGUACGUCCUGUAUACUAUCACCUCUUUGUCAAUUGACGUAUCAGGUCAGCGAGAACCGCAAGUUUCGGCGUAUUUUCCGAAAGAUUCACGUUGCAGGGAAAUACGUGUCGUUUUUGCUGCCCUUGGUCACGAUCCUCUGCCUACGUAUUCCUUCUCUGAAACAGAACUUCGUGGUAUUCAUUCUCAUAGCUGAUCUACCCUUAAUGCUCAGCCUGGCCAUCUCGAGCUGUCUUAUGAUAGCGGUUACCUUGCGAUAUGUCCGCUCCAGACAAAAGUUCACACAAUGGAGCCCUCAAAGGUUCAACUCCGGCGGCAGUUCACAAGCAGGACACAGUUCGCAGGCAAGCUCCAAAGUCGCCAGCUCUGGGGGAAAUAAGGGGCUCUACGACCGCUGGCUCCUGGUCCGAUUCACGAUUGCUUUCGUGCUCCUUGCCGUCUUCGAAGUCACGAAUGCCCUGUUUCAAAUCACGACACUGAAGAGCAACAUCGAGGACUCAAAGGCUACGACCCCAAAUUUGAGCACAGGGCGGGCGAACCAGACUUUGUUCUUAUUUAUGCCAGGGACCACACCUGGGAUCUUUCUGUACAUUGUUUUCGGCACCACAGCGGUCUCGCGACGGAAGGUGGUGGACUUGAUACUGCCAAGACGGUGGCGUGAAUCACGGUCCCAAGGCUCGACGAGGGGG